AUGGAGGGCGCGCAGAAACCCAAAGCCUUCUGGCCGAAGUCAAAAGACAUGAAGGAGAACGGGGUGCGGGGCAACGAGCGGGGCAACGAGCGCGACUACGGGGCGUCUAACCCGCUGUGGACUGCGGUGUUUGAUUACGAGGCCACCGCCGAGGAGGAGCUGACCCUGAGGAGAGGAGACCUGGUGGAGGUUCUCUCCAAGGACUCGACGGUCUCCGGGGACGAGGGUUGGUGGACGGGGAAAAUCAGGGACAAAGUAGGGAUUUUUCCCAGCAAUUAUGUGGUCAGCGACCUCCGGUACCCCAUCUUACAGGGCGCCCCCAAGGAGUACCCGCUGCCGCUGGAGAUCGCCUUCGAGGAGCUGGCGUUGGAGGAGAUUAUUGGGGUCGGGGGGUUCGGGAAAGUCUACAGGGGGGGCUGGAGAGGCGAGGAGGUGGCGGUGAAGGCCGUGCGCCACGACCCCGACGACGACAUCAACGUGACGGCCGAGAACGUCCGACAGGAGGCCAAGCUCUUCUGCAUGUUGAAUCACCCCAAUAUCAUCGCCCUAAAGGGGGUCUGCCUGAGGCCCCCCCACCUCUGCCUGGUGAUGGAGUAUGCCCGGGGGGGGCCGUUACACCGGGCGCUGGCAGGAAAGAAGGUGCCGGCUCACGUGCUGGUGAACUGGGCAGUGCAGAUCGCCAGCGGUAUGAAGUAUCUUCACAGCGACACCAUCGUUCCCAUCAUCCACCGGGACCUGAAAUCCAGUAACAUUCUGAUUCUGGAGAAGAUCGAGAACGAUGAUUUAUUUCACAAGACGCUGAAGAUCACGGAUUUCGGGUUGGCCAGGGAGUGGCAGAAGACGACCAAGAUGAGCGCGGCGGGGACCUACGCCUGGAUGGCCCCCGAAGUCAUCAGACUGUCUCUCUUCUCAAAGAGCAGCGAUGUGUGGAGUUUCGGGGUUCUCCUGUGGGAGCUGCUCACCGGCGAGGUGCCGUACCGGGAAAUUGAUGCUCUUGCCGUGGCGUAUGGCGUUGCCAUGAACAAGCUCACGCUCCCCAUCCCGUCCACCUGCCCCGAGCCCUUCGUCCGGAUCCUGGAAGCGUGCUGGAACCCCGAUGCUCACAGUCGGCCGUCUUUUGACUGCAUUCUGGAGCAGCUGGUCUCCAUCGAGCGGUCCUCCAUGUUCCAGAUGCCCCUGGAGUCCUUCCACUCUCUGCAGGAGGACUGGAGGAUGGAGAUCCAGCAGAUGUUUGAUGAGCUGAGGACCAAAGAGAAGGAGCUGCGCAGCCGUGAAGAAGAGCUGGUCCGCGCCGCGGAGGAACAGAGGAACCUGGAGGAGAUGCUGCGCAGGAGAGAGCAGGAGCUGGCCGAGAGGGAGAUCGACAUCGUGGAGCGAGAGCUCAAUAUCAUCAUGUAUCAGAUGUACCAGGAGAAGCCCAAAGUGAAGAAGCGGAAGGGCAACUUCAAGAAAAGCCGCCUGAAACACAAGGACGGGAACCGCAUCAGCUUACCCUCAGGUUUUGAACACAAGAUCACGGUGCAGGCGGUGCAGGCGUCUCCCACGCUGGACAAGUGCAAGGGGCAAGGAGCGAGCAACUGCAGCCCCCCCGGGAGCCCUCUGAUAAUCCCACGACUUCGAGCCAUCCGAUUGACGCCGGUGGACGGCAGUAAGACGUGGGGGCGCAGCUCUGUCCUAAAAAAAGAAGAGGUGACGUCCAACAAAAAGAAAGGCAGGACGUGGGGGCCGAGCUCUACCCAGCCCAAGGAACGCGUCGGCGGGGAGGAGAAGUUGAAGUCCCUGGCGGAGGGAAGCAAGCAGUGGUCCAACAGCGCGCCCAACCUGGGAAAGUCGCCCAAGCCGGCCCCCAUCAGCGGGGGGUUCGCUAGCCUCACCGAGAUGGAGGAAUACGUGGAUUCGGAUGACUCCGUUCCCCAAUCCCCAUAUUCUACUCAAUCCUACCUCACGCUGCCUCUCCAGUCGGAUCCCCGACGUCCCGCGGAGGACAGCCUGGCCUCUGCGGCCUCCUCCUCGGACAGCCCUAAGCGCGGCUCCCAGGCGCGCAGGAAGAGCGAGCUGGUUCUGCUGGGCUGCGCCUCCCUCCUGGCCGCCGUGGCGCUGGGGAGCGACUUGGUGGAAAUGGUGCCUCAAGAGGAGAAGAGGAAAGGACUCUUCCAGUGGGGAGGAAAAGGUCAAAGAAAGGGGUCCGGUUCCCCCAGCCGCUCCCUGUCCCGGGGAGAAGACCCCGUCAUUCCUCCCACCUCGGUGACGCUCAUCUCGCUGUCUUCCAUCUCUGACUGUAACUCCACGAGGUCUCUGAUCCGCUCGGACAGCGACGACAUGGGCUUGGGGAGCGAGACCACCUCCAGCUAUUACGGGGACGAAUCGGGCAAAGAGGAUCAGGGGGUCUCCGGCCUCAAUCCGCUGGUGGACUAUAAGUUAGAAAGCUUCAAGAAAGACCCCCGGCAAUCUCUGACUCCCACCCACGUCACGGUAACCAGGGCUGGAGCCACCGCAUCCAGGGGCCACCGGAGGACCCCAUCCGACGGGGCGAUACGGCAGGUGACACAAGGUCACAGAAGGUCUCCUUCGGAUGGUAACAGCCCUCAGACAUGUGACACGGGUUCCAGGGAUCUCUCCGGCUUCCCGCGCCUCCCCGAUCCUCAUUUUGUUUUCCCGCCGCCAGCCCGGCGUAAACCUCCCGAUAAAGACCCCGCCGUGGAGCGGCCGACCAGCCUCCAGUUCGCCCCCCGGCCUCGGCCCUCCGCCAGCCGCCCCCGCCUGGACCCCUGGAAAUUCGUCUCUCUCUCCCGGAGCUCGUCCACCCCCAGCAGCGCGGGCGACGAGCCCACCAGCGGCUCUACGGAGGGGGUCCGCUCGGAGGGAGCGGGGGAGACCCUGCUGGACAUGGAGGUGGAGGGCCAGAGGCUGGACAGCACGGUCCCCCUGUGCGAGGCGGGGGUCCGGCCGGAGACCGACCCUUAUUAUAAUAUGGGGACGGACGUGUCCUAACAUUAGAGGCUGCGUCACCGGGGCCCCCCGUUUCUCGAGGGGGAGGACGGUCUAUUAUGAAUGUAUUUUGUGGUUUCCAUGACGACGGGUAAAAGAUUCAAAAAGCUAUAUGGCCGAGAAAAGCUGCAAACGCCCCUGUUGUUGGACUUUAAGUCCUUGUUUAGCCCCCCCCGAAUAGCUAAGGGGUCGUGCAGAUUGGAAUCCAGCAACAGGGGGAGACGGCCCGUGCGCGGCCGAGGUCCUGGGGCCCGAUGCCGCCAUCUUUGCUUUGUGGUGGUCUUCUUAGUUUAACUUGGUGUCAAUGUUUUUAUAGAGAGGGACUGGAUCUCUCCCGUGGCUUCCAGCAGCCAAAGGGUUACAAGAGGGGCACGGAAAGGGCCUGCGGGGGCCGAACCGAUGUGAAGGAUCUCGCUGGGCAGUGUUACCCCUAAAUCUGUGUAUAUUAAAUAAAAUCUAUAAUAAUUA